GUCUGACCCACGCUGUGUAGUAGCUACGCACAGAGUAAGACACCCGACAGUCGAUGCUCAGACUCUGACCAGACUGCAGAGUGACAGACGGUGGCUGGGUCAACUCUUCACACUCGACACCUGCGGAGGAAAAGUUAUUAGAUAUGGGAUGUAACGGAUCUAUGGUCAUGUGUGCCUCAGUGACACUCACAGGAACCUGCAGCCAGCAACAGCAGCACAACUACACGGAACAUGGCAGAUGCUGUCACGGCCAGGGCUUAUUCCAAUGCGCCCUCAUCUGUGUGCUCUGCUUGUUGCGCCUCCAAGAGCGCACCUCGGGACACGCCCACAACCGCACACUGCACACCGCUGCAGCCGGCAGCUGCAAUCAUUCACCGGCAAUCAGCGCACCUGAAGCUGAUCAUCAGAGGACUGCCUUCAAAAGCCUGCUCAACCUGCUAUCUGGGGCCAGAACGUAAAUCAGCUGUUCGAGAACCUAUCCUCCGUCGCCUUGGAAGUGAGCUGUGCGCCUCACUUCCCUGAACCCCCUCUGGAUUCUGACUGCCACCCUCGAUUCUCGACCCCCGCUCUGGACACGGAUCUGUUGACGCCUCGCUAUACCCUUCAGACUACCUGCCUUGUCCCUCCUCUCGUUCAACAUUACGACCAAAGCUGCAGAGAUAAUCCACCAGAGACUUCAUCCCUCCUCUCUGACAUACACACAUCAGCAAGUGAUCACAUUUGACACUCAACAUACGCACACUCAAUAAAGACAGCAUACAUACAUAUAUACAUACAUACAUAAAAUACAUGCUUUUUUAAUAUAUAUUUCUUUACAAAAGCAGACAUGAGCCAGAAACAAGCCUGCAUCUUCCUCAAAGGGGCGUCGAGGAGACAAAGAACCCUCACCCACGAGGAGGUAGAAGAGUUACGUGAGGCUUUUGUGGAGUUUGAUAAAGACAAAGAUGGCUUCAUAACCUGUAAAGACUUGGGUAACCUGAUGAGGACCAUGGGUUACAUGCCAACCGAAAUGGAACUGAUACAACUCAGCCAGAACAUCAACAUGAACUUGGGAGGACGAGUGGACUUUGAGGACUUUCAGGAACUGAUGACCCCCAAGCUCUUGGCUGAAACGGCAGGCAUGAUUGGUCUAAAAGAACUCAAAGAAGCUUUCAGAGAGUUUGACAUUGACGGCGAUGGCUGCAUCACUUCCGAUGAGCUGAGGCACGCCAUGGUGAAGUUGCUCGGCGCGCAAACCAGCAAGAAGGAAAUUGACGCGGUGGUGAGGGAAGCUGACCGCAAUGGGGAUGGAACUGUCGACUUUGAGGAGUUUGUGAGAAUGAUGUCACAGAAGUGAGGGCAACAAAGGACUAUGCAUGUCUUUGAAUCAACUUGACCCUUGGUUUGCUCUCAGGAGAUCGGUCAUUUUUACUGCAACAAUUAUUUGUGUUACAAAUGUAUGCACAACAUUUAAUGCGGUUAUAUUUCUCAAGAAAGUUUAAUUUGAUGUCACCUAGUUUGCCAUGAAUCCCUUCAGAGUUUUGUUUUUGUAUGACGAUGGGUAACACGGACAAUCGUCUCCUCAGAUAUGUCCUCAGAAAAGUAACUUCACUUCACCAUUUGUCUUUUAACUUUUUCAACUAAAUCUACAAUGCUUUAAGUGGAAAAAAUUCAAUCGCAGUUUAAAACGAUGCAGAAAAUGCAUGGAAUGAGUCAUUUCCCACGUAAAACCCAAUAUCUGCUCACUUGACCGCGGUGCAAUUUACACUCCGCUGUCUGUUUACACGGACACUGUCAAUGCAAAACCUAGUGUGCAGAAGACGCAUACAGUACAUACCCGCUAUGUGCGAAUGUUACCUGACAAAUAAUUGCCACUAUUUUUUAACCUCAUGAUUCCGCGCCGAUUUCCUCCUACCCCUCCAAACCUUCCUGCUAGCUCGACAUUCUCCUCCGAUUUCGGAUCAAUAGUUGCAAUAAAAGUGACUAAUUUUGUUAUUACUGCCCCGAAGGGAAUAAGCGGUAGAAAAUGGAUGGAUGGAUGGAUGGAUUAGAUUCUGCUCCAGAACCCUCCCUACGAAGAAAGCUAGCACACUAAAUACUACAAGCGUAAUCCAGAUUUAAGCCCUAAAUGUGCCUCACACAUUAUCAAUUGCAAAAUGUUUCGGUACUCGCCACUAAUUAUUGAUAAUAAAUGGGGAAUCAGAAUCACUGUUUGUCUUUUAUAUGUAAUUAGGUACCUGUAUUUUUCGCAUUUGAAUUUUGUAAACAUUUUUUUAACAUAAAAUUAUGCUGACAAUUCAGUGAAAAUAAUUGGGUAGCAAAAUGCAUGUGUUUAAAAAUUCCCCGUAAAAAAAUUCAGCCUUUGAAAAGUCAGUGUUUAAAAAUCCAGUGUAAAAAAAAUUCAGUGCAGAAAAAUUUGCUGCGUCACAUUACACCAGUUUUUAAAUCUCUGCAUUGGCUCCCUGUGUGUUUCAGGAUCAAUUUUAAGGUUCUUCUUAUGGUUUAUAAAUGUUUUUUAUGGUAUUGGGCCUUAUCUUUCUGAUUUGCUUUUACCAUAUGAACCUUCCCGGGCCCUGAGAUCCUCUGGCACUCAUCUCCUAAUUAUUCACAAAGUCAGGACACAAAGUCAGGGGAUGGCAUCUUUCCAUUAUUAUGGAAUGAUGCCAUAAUGGAACAGCUUGCCGGAGGACCUCAGGGCUGCGUAGAACGUUCAUAUAGGCUUAAGACCCACCUUUUUGAUUUGGCUUUUACCUGAUAUUAAUUAUUUUAUUGAAGUCAUUUUGUAUUUUACUUUUUAUCCUAUUAUGCAAGAUUUUAUUUUGUUUUAUUUAUGUAUGUAUUUAUUUACUGUGUGUAUAUAUCUAUCUAUAUAUAUAUGUACAGUAAAUGUGUAUGUGUAUGUAUAUGUGU